AUGGUCCUGGUCGAGUCGGCCGCCAUCAUGGAGUACUUACUCGAUCAUUUCAGCGGACCCAACACAUGCCUCGUUCCCGAGCGCUAUCAGCCCGGUCGCGAGGGCCAGCUGGGCGGCGAGACCGAGUCCUGGAUGCGCUGUCGAUACUACAUGCACUAUGCAGAGGGGAGUUUCAUCGAUCCAGGUGCAGCUGAUCAUGAAUGGGAUUUUGUUCCAGCACUAUUCCAUCAUAUAUAUGCUGAUGAAGCCAGCAAUGAAAAUGUCCCCGACCCCUUCUUUAUCAAACCCAUCACUGGGUUCAUCACCGGCAAAGUGAGCGUCGAGUUCCUCGAGCAAGAGCUGCGCACCCAUUUCCGCUUCCUCGAGGACCGUCUGGCGUCUGCGCCCGAGGAGAGGCCGUUUCUGUGCGGUUCGCAGCUGACCGCGGCGGAUAUCCAGAUGAGCAUCCCGGUUAUUGCGGCGCUCAAUCUGUCUAUCAUUGCUCGAAAGGAGUAUCCGCGGCUGGAUGGGGCGAUUCAGAACUCGCAGGGUUACCGACGAGCUGUAGAGAAGGUGGAGAAAAUUGAAGGGAAGCCUAUUGUGCCGAUCUAG